CAGGAGAGGUAAUUCCUGCUAGGAUACAUGGCUCGCUGGUCACUCAGCUGUUCCCACAGAUCUUUGACCACAUGACAGAGAUGGUGACCAAACUCCGAGCGGUCAGUCUGUACUAUGCAACCAACACACCACCAGACUCGUCCCUGCAGGUGUUGAUCGACAGCCUGGUGUGUGUACAGAAGUCAGUACAGCAGGGGGUUGGGGGCAGGCCGGCACUAGCCUUGUUCCAGGCUCUGUUCCAGUACUACAGGCAGCACCACAGCCCUGCACUGGCUGCUGAGAUACAGCGCCUCCUGCUGGAUGUUGUCCUGUUCCACCCCAAGUUUGUAGCACACACCAUCGACCUGCUGGACUGUGUGGAACAACUCACUCCUGACAGCCCCAUGCCUGUGGAGAUCCUGGGUGCCCUAGCUGACCACACGGUGAAGUCAGCCCCUAGGGACAUCAUACAGGACCUGGAACACUACCUGAUGAUUCUGGAAAAGGCCGCUUCUAUGACACAGAUAGACCCUAAGCCCACAGUGUUGUACCUGCUGACACUGCUCCAGACCACGCCUCUGUGUGAGGAGGGCAGCUGGCACCGAGGACACGCCCUGCUGUCUGUGUGUGCUGCCGUCAUCAGGAACCAUCACAGUGCACAGUACUUCAAAGAGAUGGGGGAUGUUCUGUACACCAUGUUGACCUUGUAUGAUGACCUUGAUGUUCGGGACCAGGCUCGGCUCUACUACACCCUUCUCACUAACCUGUCCUUUGAUAAGUUGUCCACUCUCCUGGCUGUGUCAGCUGACAACCGAGCUCCAACUGCCACCAGCCUUACCAAACUUGUCACAGGUGGCAGCACCUUCCCACCUGCUGCACCUGUGGUACAAAUCACACAACCUCUGCUCAAGCUCACCAGAGUACCUGAUGAUAUUGGGUUUAAGACAGAAGAACCAGAAGAGUCGCUAAUCAAAGAAGAAGACUUGUUAUCUACCUACCUUGGGAGAAUACAGGCCUCCACAAAUCAGCCAGCAAUCCACAUGAAGUACUAUCUUCACUUUGACCCAGAAGCAGAGUCAGACUACAGCAGGUUGUAUGCAUUGGUACUGCAUGUACAGACAAGCAACAAGUAUGCACAAGUCAAAGACACCUAUGUAUCCUGCAUCAGUAGAGAGGACUGUCUGAAACCUGAGGAUGGGUGUAAAACUGUUUCCCUGUCCUUCCAACCCCUGGAGCCAGUUCCUACACAGUUCACCACCAGCUGCGAGUUCAGCACGGAGGACGGCAGGACGUGUGCGGUGCACCUGCCAGAGCUGCAGCUGCUGUUCCGAGACCUGUUCCUGCCCCUGCCUGUUCCAGGUGCCCAGAGGCUGCAGCUGUUUCAGCAGCUGUGGAAACACAUCAUCCAACAGCAGGCAGCUGAACACAGCCCAGAGAAUGGCUGUGUGGAGUCUGUCUGCUGUCUAGCUGUGGGCUCAGAUGCUGUGGACGGCAUGUUGGAAAGAGAGCUGGGACCUUUCCUUUUGAAACAUGAAGAUGACGCCCACCUUGUCGGGAUCCACCUCCCCCCACGGACACAUCUCCUCAUGAAGGUGAAACCCACAGACUCCACAGCCGUCGUUACUAUGGCAACAGACAACUGGAGGAUUCUUUCUCUCGUAAACAGUUAUUUACAUGGUCUAGAGAAGUCGGGUGCCUGA